CAGACCCUGGGCAGCACCAAGCGCUCCCCGAGCCCAGCGGGGAGCUCCCAGCGCCGGGCAGCAGGGGGCAGCAGCGGGAGCGGCGGCAGGGCCCGGCCGGCCGCUCUUCCCGCCGCGCUGCUCCUCGGCAGCGUCUGCAGGCCGGCAGGAUGGUUCUGGCCUCCGUGAGGAUGCUCUGCCGCAGGGGCUUAGCCCCUAGCUGGAGGCUGGCAGCUGCCAGGAGAGCCCCGGACUGGCAGCCGCGCCGGGGUCACCGCCUCACCCCUGCAGAUGACGAGCUUUACCAGAAGACAACGCUGAAGGUGCUGGAGCGGGAAUCCUCCAGCAUGAUGUUGAUAGACAGCUACAGCAGCCGGGGCUUCACCAUCAAUGGGGACAAGGUGGUGGGGCCCUGCGCCAUCAUCCCACGUGCCAUCCUGCAGUGGAAUGUUGGCUCUUACCAGGACAUCACCGAGGAGAGCCUGGUACUGUUCCGGCUGCUGGAGCCGAGAAUAGAAAUCCUGGUGCUGGGCAUGGGGGACAAGGUGGAGCGGCUGGAGCCCGACGUCCUGAAGUUCAUGAGGGAAUGUGGAAUCGCUGUGGAGGUGCAGGACACGCCUAACGCUUGUGCAACGUUCAACUUCCUGACAAGUGAAGGUCGAGCAACUGCAGCUGCCCUCAUCCCCCCGCGUGCUGGUGGAGCCCUGAUGUAGAAGCAGCUGAGCCCCUGUGGCAGGACAUGAUACUGGCCCUUAGGAACACCACCCACACUGUGGUAGGACAGGGCCUGGAAACAGAACAUGAACUGUUAAUAGGAAGCAGAAAAUGGUUCAGAAUAAACUGUGACCGGCUGUG